GACGCAUCAGAGCGCGCGGCGGGACAAGAUGGCGGCCUCCCUGGUCCGGUUGGGCUGCAGGUGUCGGGUCUCAGGAAUAAGAAUAACGGGGACAGUUUGGGGGUGUCCGGCUCCAGACAGAGCGAGUGGGCUCAGGGGGGUGGAUGUGGGGCGGCAGGACUGGCCGGGGGGCAGAAGCGCUUGGGCAGCAGGGACGUUACUGGGGGCCGGGCUGGGGCUGUGGCUCUGGGGAGAAGCUGGGGGGCGGCUGAGAGCGGCAAAGCCGGAUAUAGAGGAGCCCCCCGGUACCCGCGCCCGGAACUACUUUAACUUCAUCGCGGAUGUGGCGGAGAAAACUGCCCCCGCUGUGGUGAAUAUCGAGAUCCUGGACACACACUUAUUCUCCCGGCGGGAGGUGGCCGUAUCCAGUGGCUCGGGGUUCCUGGUGUCCCCAGAUGGACUGAUUGUGACCAAUGCCCACGUCGUGGCCAACAGGAGUCGGGUGAGAGUCAAACUGGCCAAUGGGGAGACUUACGAGGCGACUGUGAGGGACGUGGAUCCGGCCAGUGACAUUGCCACCAUUAAGAUCAAUGCCAAGGUCCCACUGCCCACCCUGCGUUUGGGCCGCUCAUCUGAGAUCCGACAGGGGGAGUUUGUGGUGGCCAUGGGCAGCCCCUUCUCCCUUCAGAACACCAUCACGUCGGGCAUUGUGAGCUCCGUGCAGAGAGGGGGCCAUGAGCUUGGAUUGGCCAACAGAGACAUGGAGUAUAUCCAGACUGACGCGGCCAUCGAUUUUGGGAACUCAGGGGGCCCCCUUGUGAAUCUGGAUGGGGAAGUUAUUGGAAUUAACACCAUGAAGGUCACGCCUGGGAUCUCUUUUGCCAUCCCAUCGGACAGAGUGCGGGAAUUCCUUCAGCAUGGAGAGAGGAAGAGGAGCCAAGGAUCCUGGUUGGGCUCUUCGGAGGUGAAGCGGCGUUACAUUGGGGUGAUGAUGCUGACCCUGACCCCCAAGAUUCUGGCUGAGCUCAAGUUCCGAGAUCCCAGUUUUCCAGAUGUUUCCCAUGGAGUUUUGAUCCACAAAGUCAUUGUCGGUUCUCCUGCCCACAAGGCCGGGCUGAAGGCGGGAGAUGUGGUUCUGGAGAUAAACGCCAAACGAGCGAUGACAUCAGAAGAUAUUUAUGAUGCAGUUCACGCUCAGCCUAAACUCACUAUGAUUGUACGCCGAGGCUCUGAGACUUUGAUGGUGACUGUGAUCCCAGAGUGCACCGAGUGAGUUGCCCCCGGGGGCUGUUGUGCAGAAGUUGCCCGUGGGGGCGGUGCUGUUCUCAUUUUAGGCACAAACAGAAGUUGCCAUGUGGUUUUACAGCUUCUGUCUCAGGGAUGUGCCUAUCCUGAUUCUGAACCUCAGCCUCUGUUUUGUCCCCAAGAAUGUGACUGGGGGUAUCAAGCUCUAAAGAGAGUGCGAAAUAUAUAGGGGGUGGGGGGCAAAGCCAAAACACCAUUACUGUUGCUGUUCCCUGGUACUGCCCAUUGUUUGUGCAAUGAAACUCCCAGAUCCAUGUGUGUGUCCUGUUACCCUCCUUCAUGUUCCACCUUUCCACAGCUGCUCGAAAGAGUACAGCAAUGUCUCCAGUGAAGGGGGCUCCCUGUGUAACAAAGGCAGCACUGAGGGGGAAUAACCUUACUUUGCUGCUUGUAGUGUGAGUAGGAGAAGGUUCCUGGGCAUUGAUUGGUCUGGCAGAAGUUGCCCAAUUCUCCUGGCCUAUAAUAAAGGUGCAGUGCAGGUAGGGGGACUGAUUGGGCAGAACACUUGGGUCCUCUGCACAAAUCCAACAUGGCAGCCACAAAAGAAAUGGAGAAACAAAAAAAUACUUUACAUUUCAGCCAAUAAAGAGAUUGAAAGAAA